ACUAACUAACACAGUUACUCAAGGCACUCAACAGCUUUCCAUUCACAUCUCAACAUUUCGGGCCAACAAUAUAAAAGGCUCGACUCCAUUUUCCGGACAUCCAAGAAUCGCAGAUGCCGCAAAAUAUCGCCAGACAACAAUAACAGCAAUCAUGAAUCGCAACCGCAUCAACCAAAUGCGGCAAAUGGAUCGAGGUCAAGAGGGCCUGCAGCAGGUGGUCCAAAUGCAGGCGACCACUGCAAGUGGUCAGGGUCAGGGUCAGCCACAGGGAACUCAGAGCGUUCGCCGCAAGACGACCUACACCAGAACGGAGAUGCUGUCACGUACCCAGCCCACAGUUCAAAACAUUCGUCAGAAUGUCUCGACAGCUGGUCAGGAUUGGGCUGGCCAAUUAUCACCUAAACAACGGCAUCAACAACCACCAAAAGUUGCUAUUCCAUUGGGCCAAAGCACUAAUGUAACCAAUAAGAGCAAUACACCGCGAAGACAUCGAAGUUUUCUGCCCCGGGUGGCUAGAUUGCCGACCAAGUCGGAGAAAUCGCCAAAUAGGAUCCAAAAUCGCUUAGCUCGAGAGAUUGGCGGUAAAAUAGAGCAAGUUCCCGUAGGCAAUCAAACAGCUUUAAAUAUUUCGAAUUCACCAAAUGAUAGUAACAGCACUAGUCCAGCUCGUAGGACUAUGAUGGCCAACGAGGAUAAUUUAAUGAAUGACAGUAGCAGCUCCACGGAUCGCCACAAGAUCAAGUUGGCCAAGGCUAUUCGAUUACCAGAUGAUCAGAACAAGAGCUUUGUCUAUCUUUGCAAGCCGGUGACGAAAGUCAAGGAGUUGCUGACGGCCCGAAGAUUACGAAAUAGCUGUGAGCACUUGAAUGACAGGGAUUUAUCAUCAGAGGAACCUGAUUCGGUAAAGCUACAAAGAACAUUUUCUGAGGAGGCAAUUGGCACCCAAGGCAUUGGCGAGGGCUAUGAAGGUUAUACUCUUGUGCCCAUACAGGGCUUAACACGAUCAUCGAGUUCUUCAAGCCAAUUGGAUAGUCCCACUUUGGAGGCCAUGCAGCAACGUCAAAAGCAAUUCGAAGCCAAAACGGUUUUCAGUCAGGAGCGUUUGAAGAAAAAAUUGCAAGAAGUUUACCAAAAACAAAAACAUCUUCGUCAAUUGGAGCAGGAUCAGCGGCAUCAGGAGCAACGUCAGUUCGAAUUGAAUUUGGUGGGCGAAAAUCUACCCAAUUUACAGCAUGAAAUCCGAAGGCUCCAGCAGUUAAGCGAAAAAUUGGAGGCCACACUUCGAGUUUCCCAUAUACCGAAGCCCAUGUCGCCGAAGCAACGAAACUCUUCGGUCACCUCGGAUAUGAAAUCGAAAUCAUCUACUCAAUUCUAUACACCACGUACAAGUCCGUAUCAAUUAUUUGAACUGCCCAUUACUAAAUUGUUUUGUCUUCGUAUCGAAGAGAUACCAGCGGUUCAAUAUCGGACUCGCAUCCAGGCCAGGGUCUAUCAGUUUGGCUUGGUUCAGGAGUUUCGCAUAGAGACGAAGACCCUGAAUGAACUAAAGACAGCAGAUGAUUCGCAAUGUUUUUAUUUACCAGUUCCCAAGGAGGAACCACCAUUGGCCCCCCUUAAAGAAGCCGAUCCUCUACAUUGCACCAAUUUUCGAAAGCUAAGAGAGAAUCCAAAUAUAUUGCUGCAGCAACUGAGGCAAGUUUCUGGAACUGGAAGACCGUUUAAUAUCUUGGAUCAGGACACCAUGUUCUUCAAUAGUCUGGCCUAUGGGGAGACAAAAUCAUUGGGUAGCAACGCUGCAGAUCAACUUGAAGUGGCCACACGAGAGACGGGAGGCGGCGGUGGAGGAAUCAUUGCCAAUUAUGGUGGAGCCAUCGCCUAUUCACGCCUAUCGGUGCGGGUCAAUGAUGUGGCCGUAGCGGGUGCAGCAUUAAGACUAGCAGAUCAGGGGGAUAAUCUACAAAGGCUAACAAAGAAGACGUCUCAUAGUCAAGUUAACAAUACUACGCAAACGGAACUCGAACCGAUUAGGAAAAUAAAAACUCCAGAGCCGGAAACUGAAAUUAGUUCCCCUGAUUAUACGCCCAAUCCGAGUCCCAGAUUUACCAAACGAAAGAAAUUGGAAGAGAAAUUGUUUAAGGUAACCAGACAGGAGAUUAAAGAACGAGAUCCUAAGCCAAAGAAGACCAAAUUUAUACGUCGAAUGGCACCGGAGCCGCCCGUUGAACGUCGCGUCGAGCCCAAGGUUCGUCUGCAUUUGCUGAAAACCGUGCUGGUGGGAAUGGUCCAAGUUGCUGUUAUUUUAGUUCUCAUCAUGGCCUUCACCUAUCCGGAUGUCAGCUGCUGAGCUUAUCUCUAAAACCAACCAAUUACUUACACACCACACACAGCAUCUAUCUGCCUAAACUCUAUUUUUUAAAAAGAAUCAAAGGAUAUGCCAAUAUGAUUUUUUAGCAAUGCCUGCAAAAGGAAGAAGGUAGAAGAUGCCAAAACCGAUCCACAAAAAGCUCCGAUUACCUAUUCGGUUUUUCGAGUUUACACACUUCGAUUCUGGUAGUUAUUGUUUUCAUACUGGGCCGCAGAUAUGCCAAGUCGAUUAAUGUUAAUAAAAUUUCAUGUGCAAUAUGAUUCGUUUAUGCCCCAAACACCAUAACCGAUUCGAAUCGGUUCCGUAUCAUUUAAGCAAAAGGGUUAAGCCAGACAAUAUAAAUGCAAUUAUAUCGGUUUUAUGUUUA